GGUCAGAAGGCCUGCAGAGCUGGUAGCUAUUGCCAGCAAAGUUUAUUGAAUAGGGGAAGGGUUUACAAAGGAAAAAAACACAGGAAUGAAGGAGAGAGGGGGGAGUAAGAGUACAUGUGGGGUUCAGCAAGUUCAUGGUUAAGUGGGUACAAAAACAUAUUCUUUCUCAAGAUUGUUUUUCUGGCCUUCUGUGCCACUUCCUAAGAUAUUUAGUCUACUGGAAUAGGGGAGAUAUUCACAUUCCAAUCUUUGUCUUUAGACCUAGGAUAUUAUUUCCAAAGUUUGGACCUUUGCCUAAUUUCUUAGGCCCCAAAUUUGGUUAGUCUCUGUCAGAUUAUAAUUGAGAAAACAAUAUAGAUCAUUCAUCCUGGGAUUAUUAUCUCAAGGAGCCACACAGAAGCACUGGAUCUUCCUCCAACUACAGUAAAGAGGGUGCUUAAAUAAAUUUUAAGAAAAGGAGGCGGGGGCAACAGCCAGGUUACAUUGAAUUCACUGAAGCUUGGGAAACAUGCACUAGCCAGGGUCAGGAAAGCUUGAGAAAAACAAAAUGGCCAAGGUACUUAAGCUUUGAUUUUCUUCUUUAACUCUAGGCCUAGGAAAGAGGCAAAGCCAAAUGAUAAUUAUUUUGAUUUUUGUCUAUCUUUUGAGUUCUUUGUUUUUAAAGCUCUGGGAGAGUCAGGGAUGGAAUUGGCUAAAAAUGAGGUCCUCAGUAGGGACAAGCAACCUUCCCUGCCUUCUUUAUGAGACCUCAUUUUUAGUCAGCUUCUAUUCUUCCCCAAGGGUUAGCAUAAUCUGCCUCCUAAAAACUCUCAACCCUGUGAUACUGGCCCAUCAAGCCAGCUCCCCAAAUAAACUUCUCAACCUCAGCUGUUUGCUCUUUUACCUCAUCCUGUUCCCCAACUCAUUGUGCCUUCUGGACAGGCAGCUCAAAAAUUUAUUUAUUGUGCUAUAUCUUGUUAUACCAUUUCCUUUUUUAUUCCUUCCAGCUUCUACCCCUCACUGAGACAUGGUUCUCUCCUUUCCCCCACAUUGCAUCCAUCCAUCCCUGGCUACCCUUUCCAUAUCAUACCAUUCUCUCCCAUCCCCUAGCGCUGAACUUUAAGGACAGCAUAGAGGUCAGAACAAAAGCGCACUAUUCAGUCAAUUCAACAAGUCAUUUGGAAAUCUCCAAUGACCCCUUAGAAUAAGAGCCCCACAAAUUUACCUCUUUUUAAGCUCAUCAAGAUGGGAGGCAGAGGGGAGGGAGGUGGAAGUUUCUCCCCCCCCCCAAAAAACAACAACUUAUAUUAGAAGGCAAUUUUUAAAAUAAGAGUGAGAACAGGAGCAAAGGAAAAGCUCUGGGAAAAUCUGAGAGCUCUCACUCAAAAUUUUAAUUAUACUACCUGGAAAGGAGUUAAACAAAAUUUCCUUCGACUUUACUUGGGAGUCGGACAGUUCCCUGUACAUUCUUUUUGCAUAUGUUAAGGGCGGGGGUAGUGUUAGUACUUUGGCAUGUCCCCUCUCAUCCUCUACUGCACUCGCAAUUCAAUCACUCCUAAACCAUUUUAACUGUAGGAAUGGAAAAAAAAAGUUUAAGAUAAAUGUGGUACAAAGUGGUUUGAUGUUUUGAUUGAUAAACACCUCAGAAAAUCUCGUGCCUUCCUCUCGCCUUUUCCCUACCUCUUACAGUCUCUAGUAGUUUCUCUUUAAAUAAAGGCAGUCCGACCGCACAUCCCCUUCGCGUGUUUAAAAACUGUCCAGCCCUCCAGUGUUAGGGGAGACCGAAAGAGAUUAAGCUGGGCUGCAAAAGGGUCCGCCCUCCUCCUAGCCCUUCUGUUUGCUUCGAGGCGCCACAAACUGUCCUAGCGAGACCCAGCUUGGACUGGGAAGGUUGCUAAGGCACCGCUAGGUCACGUAACGCGGCUUCUGUCUGAGGGCACGUACUUUGGAAAGAUGCCAGAAUAAAGAGACACCCAGGAAAAUGGGUGGUGUCCGUCUAGCUGGAGAGCCUACUCCCCCGGCCAGGGCAGUUUUGCAUAGCCAAGCCUUUUCCCUUUCCCCCAGCCCACUCCAACUUCCCUUCUCUGGGCUGUUCCAACCCCCACCCCAGCCACCAACACAGGGCAGCUUGCGCCUUGCCCAGGAAGUUCGCCUAGUGGCCAGAGCCCUACCCAGGAACCAGGCAACGUGUUGGAUCUGAGUUGUGUGCUGCGCGCAGCGAGGGCGGGCGUGGAAGGGGAGGAGGGGAGGUACGUGCGCUGAAGUCGGUGGUCAAUGUCUCACUGUACUUCCUCUCAUUCCAGAGGUCUCCGCCUUCGCCCCAGACACCUCCCCCUGCUCGGUUUACACACCCCCUUCCAACUCGGCCUCUGUGGAGCCCUCCAAUUUCGGCCUUUCCUUUACCUCCUCUACUUUCCACGUCUCUCAUCUCCGGGAGGUGAAAAGAAAGGCAUAUCCUCCCCGUCUCCUACAAUUCAUCUGCACCGCACGCACUCCCCGGGUAUAAAGAGGGACUCGCUUUUCGAUCCGUUUUCCCCAGCCGAAAUUUCAGUUACUUUCUGUGUGGGAGAUAAAUCAGCGCCAGGUUUUUGAAACCACGAGAAAGGAAGAAAGUGUAGGGAUUGGUAGUUUCGGCUAGGGACUGGACAUUGAGAAAGCAUCCAGAUUUUCUAGGAAGGUGUAGGUACAAUCUACCUAGUCUUCAAAAUCAAUACCGUCAAAAAACACACCGACCCCACAGACCUAAGCUUAUGGUUCUCCUUUGAAGACGUUUUCAUCUGUUUGCUGAAUUGGUUUGACCCAGAAUGGAUUUCCUAUGCCCAGAACAGGUUUCCACCUGGAGGCAGGAAAAUAGGAGGUGACGAUCCAACUGAUCACCAGCAAAGGGACGUGCGCGGUUUUGACUGCUGUUAGUUAUGCGCGAAAUUCUCCUUCGAUCACUUUAUAAAACCAGAUGCAACCCAGAGAAGUGAAAAGGGCAUGUUAUUCUACACCCAGGUAAUAAUAGUUCACAAUUUAUACAGCCCUUUAAGAUUAGUAAAGCUCUUUACACACAUCACCUUAUUUGGUCCAAACAAUAAUCAUAUAAAAAGGAUGCUAUACUUAUCGCUAUGGUACAGAGGAGUGAGCAACUUCAGAGGGGCUGAUACUUGUCCUAGUCACAGAGCUAAGAAGUUUCUGUUGGUAUUCGAGGAAAAUCAAGUAAAUUGGUUUUGCAAAUAUUUUUAUUCUUCUUAUCUUAGGGCUAUUGCACAGUUCCGCCCUCAACUCCUCCUAAAUUGCGUACUUGUUUGGAGUGUCCAAAUUGAGCCAAAUGGGGUAAAUCCAUUCCAGAAAACCUGGCCCCGCAGGCCCCCUCAGGUGGAGCGAUGGCGAAGUCUCCCCUUCUCCGUAGUUAGGUCCCUCCCACAGCCCAUCACAGGUUCGAUUCCAGUUCUGGAUCCAAAGAAGGGCUAUCCUUCCGUUGAUUUCCUCCUCCCACCCCUGCUUUCCCCCCCUUUCCUUUGUCAGUGUCAGCUAAAACCCGCAGACUCCGAAGUGGAAGAGCUCUCGGGCAGAGCCUCUGGCAGAUUUAGGGGUUGGGGGCGAGUCUAGUGUGGAGAGCUUUUCUUCUACACAUGCAGCUAUGCAAUAAAAUACUGAGGCUGACCAAGAAGCCCCAUAGCCCACGAAAGAGACCAGAGGAAAAAAGCUGCCCUAUCCAGGAGUCCCAGGGGGGCGCAGUCGGGGCCCAGUAGUUCCAUGGAGACCCAGGCUCCCCAGAUACUGAGUUUAGAGUCUUCGGGUUCGAUGCCCUACGGAGACCCGCCGCUAACCGAGGAGGACUCAGUUCCAAGGACCCUUAGUCUGGGAGAGAGCGGCGGCGGAAGCGGCCACAAUUGUCCGGACGCCCUGACUCAGAGUCCCCCCUCUUCUCCAAAUGGCAGCCCCCAGCUCCCAGAAAGAGAUGCCAGCCUCUUGGAGUGUGAGCUGCUGGAUGCCCGCCGCUGCUUUCGCACCCGUUCCUUCUCCCUGCCUCCGGGACCCAUCCUGGAAGCAGCCAAAUUACUGCAGCAGCAGCAGCAGCAGCAGCAACGGCGACUUCAGGCUCAGCCUGGGGAUCCCGGAGCUGAGUGGGGCACAACCGCCCAAGAGGAGGAGCUGCUGAGUCCGAGCGUUUGUUGUACCAAGUGCAAGAAGCGGGUGCAGUUUGCCGAUUCGCUGGGGCUCAGCCUGGCCAGCGUGAAGCACUUCAGCGUGGCCGAGGAGCCACAGGUGCCCCCAGCCGUGUUCUACCGCCACAAGAGCUUUCCCAUGCGGGAGCGGGACCUGGAGCAGAUCGGGGACCUGCUGGCCGCGGCAUUCUCCCCGCUCCUGCUGGAGGGCAGCAGCUUUAGUCCGGCCUCGGCCCGGCCUCUGCCCCGCCUGCAGCCUCUCUUCCAGCUGCCGGGGCCAGGCAAUGCUGCCCCCGAGCGCCUCCAUCUACAGCGGGUGUGCCUGGAGCAGGUAGACUGCGGCGCGCCACUCUCUCUGGAGGUGAAGGGCUCCGGCCAGGUGCUGUACUGCGCCGGGCCCCGGGAGGUGACAGUGCGCUACACCUUCACCGAAUGGCGCUCCUUCUUGGACGUGCCCGCUACGCUGCAGUCCGGCCAGUCAGCCCGACUGGAAGUUCAGGGGCAAGAAGAGCAGCCCGGGCGAGCUCUUCUAGGCCUAAGACCCCGGAGCUCGGAGGAAGGGGCUGGGGAUCCCGGCGACCUGGACACCGAGAGCUUCCACUUUUCACUAUGUUUGCCUCCAGGACUGCUACGGGAGAACACCGAGGAGGGGAGUCCAGUCUUCGUCGUCCACUUUGCAGUCUGUUACCGUUGCGCGCAGGGCGAGUUCUGGGAUAAUAACGCCGGAGCCAACUACACCUUGAGCUGCUCUUCGGGUCCCUGCCAGUUGCAGCAUCCAGCGCCGGUGCCUCCCGAGGGCAGCUUCGAGGGCACUCUAUGAACUAACUCAUGAUCUCCACUUCCCUUUUCUUCCUCCCAAAUGCAAACAUUUGCCCACUGGUCAAACUUGCAGACUUGGGGGGACUGGAUGGGGAUGGGUAUAGAGGGAAAGAGAAAAGAAGGGACGAACUCAGGAAACUUUGGAUCUCCUUCGGUGACUUGAAGACUUGAGUUGGGGGUGUGAGGUUGUAGGAAGUUUUCUGGGUGAUCCCAUUUCUCAUCCAUAAACUACUGGGAAUUUUUUUUUUUUUUAGUGGGAGGGAGAGGGAAAAGAAGGGGUGCAAAGAAGCUUCCAAAAGAAAAGCUCUGCCUAUGCUCUCGUUGUAAGCGGGGCGGGAGCGAGGCGUGUGGGUGGGGGUGGGGGAGGGAGGUUGGAAAUUGGGGAAGAAGAUUCUAAAUCCCUCUUUCUCCAAAGUGAUUUCUGUGAAUGAAAUUUAAAGAAAGUCUCCAGGAAUACAGCCAAAUUAGAGAAAUGUUGAGAAGGAAGAAGAGUUUUCUUUGCCUGGAGGAAAGCAUACUUUGCUAGAAAGAUGUUUUAACUAAGGGGGCAUUGCACCUGUUUCAUUCUCCCAAACUAUGGGGUACAGUGGCCCAGAGAAAAGAAACUCUUAACAAUAAUAAAUCGUAGAAAAAGAGGGUCCUGCCUAUGGGGUGCUAUAGGUCCUUUAUAGGUUGGCCUAAAGUUGAGGGGGACACCUGGCCAGGGAAUCUGGAGGUUAGUCUGGACUUAGACACGUGUUUCUUGGGAAAGUUUGUAGCACAUGCAGAUUACUUCCUUUAUAAAUUUAAAUGCCUAAAAUUCUUUACUCACUCUUAGAGCUGUUAUAGCUCACCCAUUUUGGAUAUGGAUGCUUUCCAUGAAAAGCAUUUUUAAGGGGAAUGGGAUGCUCAUUGAAUGGCUGAAUUUUUUUUGCCUAUUUUGCUGCCUUCAGGUUUUAGAAGCCUUGGCUGACAAUUUGUCAGGUUGAUAAUAUAUGCACUUUAAAUAUUCUCAGUGUUUUAAAAAAAUUGCUUCCCUCCUCCCCUCUCCCCAGUGUGGAAAAAGCUCUGGUUUUCCUUUAUGCACUGAAAUGCCCAAUUUCUGCCACCCCUACCUAAAAUAUAUAUUUUUUCAGAGAGAAACUUCUUAAAUGACAUAUUCAGUAUAUUAUUUUGAAGUGCUAGUCAUUUAGUUGAUCUGUGUGCACAAGUGGAAAAAAGUAUUUCUAGCAGGUACCCAUAGGCAGGGGCUUUUAACAGCAGCUAGAUUACAACUACCACUCAACUCUGCCAUUAGCAAUUAGAGAUGCUGGAUUCUCCCUGAAGACCAGGGACAAAAAGGCAUUUAAAGGUUGUUUUCCAGGAGAGCAGGCAGUUGAGCAAUAACUUGACAGUGAAAGGUGAUAAAACCCAGCCUAGCAAGUGAAAUGAGUUUAAUGGUGCCCCAGUGUAACACAUCUGUGCUGCUCAGCUGCCACCUGGAUUAUUGACAAGUUCUAAGGCUGGACUGACUUAUUAAUGCAUUCUUCUUGGCUGCCAGAAGUUAGAACUAUAAUGUAGCUCACCAUUCCUCUAUGAUUGUGGUUAUUAUACCUAACAAGAAAUGGAAUGUUUUCACUAGUAUGUGCUUAUUUCAAUUUUCUUUAAUGGGGCGCCAUUGCUUGACUAGUACAAUUAGUUAUGGGUGGAAUGAUAAUUAUUUACAGUAUUUAUGGUCAUCCCUGCGGCACAAUGGAGAAAUAGGAAGGCUUAAAAAAAAAGAACAUUCAGUGUUGAUAAGAGUUGUGCUUGAUAAAAGCACUACCUUCAUAACACAAGUUGAACUUUUUCUUAAUGGAUUUUGCCACUUGGGAUAAGUCUUUCAUAAGCAAUACUUUCAAACCAUAUACAUUAGCAAUUUUGGCUAGAAUAAUUACUCCCACCAAAAACUCAACUCAUGUGUUAUCAGUGCCAUAUACUAUUAGCUCACUAGCACUAGCUGUCUUUUUACUUUUAGUAAUUUACAACAGAAAACAAAUCAGUAUAUUUGAAGUAUUGGACAAGCCAUCUUUUUCAAGGAGUCUUUGUAGCUUCAUGGAAAACAUGACAAUUCUCUUUGAUACUUUUCUUAUCUCAAAGCAUUCAAUACCUUAGGCUACAGAGAUGUUCAGAGAAUUUAUUUUUGGAUGGGUGUCCUUCAUCUAUCUGGUUAGCAUAAGCAAACAUUACAUUAACAAAGGCCUGCAUUGUGGCAGUCAGAAUUACCUCUUUAAAUGUCAUCAGAUUAAUUUUUAUAAAACUAAAGUAAUUAAAUAUAUUAAUUAUAGAAGUUCAUGUACCUCCAGUUGACUCAAAUACAUAAUAAUUUGAGAAUAGAUUGUAGCAACAGAAGCUUACAGCAACAUAUUCUUGAAAAAUUAAAUAAAGGGACAGCUAAGUGACUCCAUGGAGAGAGUGCCAGGCCUGGAGACAGAAAGCCCUGGGUUCAAGUGUGACUGGGCAAGUCACUUGACCCCAAUUGCCUAGUCCUUCCUCUUUUUCUGUUUUGGAACUGAUACUUAGCGUUGAUUCUAAGACAGAAGGUAAGGGUUUUUUUUUUUUUAAAUUAAAUGAGACUUUUCUUACUUAGAGGGAUUUCAGAGAAUUUUUUUUUCAGCCCUGUUAGAUCACCCUUCUAUUCUAAAAUAAGAAGCCAUCAUUUUAAAGUAGAUAGUCCAUAAUAUCAACACAUAAACCUAAUGAAGAGUCAAAUUUAUCUUUAGUGUUCUCUGGGAAAACUUGCAGACUAGUUUUUAAAAACUAAUGAACUGUGAAUAGUAUUAUUGAUACCUGUUCCAUUUGUGUAAAUUAGGAUAUUAUAUCUUUUCAAAGUACUUGAAGACAAUUGAAAGUUUUCAUUUAGAUAGUUUUAUUUUGUCAUUUAGACAGUUUGUAUUGUAGGUCACUUAAAUAUUUUAUAGUGAAAUGUGAGAUUUUAAGAGAGGCUAAAACAAGUGAUUUGAAGCCUAUACAGUGUUGUUUCUUAGGUCAAUCAAUGAAUGUGGAGAUAUAUGUACUUCCAAACAUAUUAAAGAAAUAUAUGCACACUGGGGCAGGUAGGGAGUAAAGGGGAUGGAGCACCAGGCCUGGAGUCAGGAAUACUUGAGUUCAAAUCCAGCCUUCAGACCCUAGCUAUAUGACUGGGCAAAUUACUUAACCCUGUUUGACUUUUUAAAAAGUCAUAUAUGUACAGUGGAAAUGUUUUUUUUUCUUCAGCAUUAUUCCACUCUUCAGUAAGUGCGAUUCAGUUUGGUAUUUUAAUAAUUUACAAUAGCCAUAUAGUUCCAAAGGACUAAAGACUGAAUAUCUGAGACCAACUAAUUCUUCUUUGCUAUCUUAUGUUAGUGCUGGAACAUAGAGAAACAUUGGAUUUCCAGAGACAGACCUCAGCUAUAUUUGAGGCCACAUGAGUCUGCUACUGAAUUGGAGCCUAUAGUGAAACUUUUCAACUCACCACUUUUAAAUCUUAAGGAAGAAAUGGGUAGGCUUUGGAAAUUAGCUCAGUUUCUCCUGCAGGAUUCAGGGGGACUUGAUCUAUUUAGCUGAUUCUGGAAAAUGACUGAGUCUCUGAUUAGCCAGCUCCAUGGGACAAAAAGGAACGAUCUGGAAAGAGAAUGAUUUGCUAUGUGGUAAACUUAGGUAGGAUGAUCACUUUUUACAAGAAUGUCAAAAUGCAGCAUAUAGGAUCAUUGAAUAGUGGAGCUAGAAGGCGCCUUAGACACUGUCAGAGUUUAGUCCCGUUACCAUCUGAUAGGAGGGGCUCCUGAGAUGCAGAAAGGUAGAGAAAUGUGUCAGUCAGUGGUUAGGGUAGUUCCUGAACAAAAGUUUAGGGAAACCUGUAGAUCAGAAGCAAGUUCAGCAAACAGAAGCUAUAGCUAUGAAACAAAGGACAAUUUGGACCUUGUCUGCAGGGAGGAUAGAGAUUCUUGAUUGUGUUUUUAUCUUUUCAACUUCUUCACACAGGAAUGAUCAUAAGUAUUAGACAGUUUACUCAGCAAUCUUUCAAUCAACAAGUAGUGAUGUUCCAGGCUCUGUGCUUGGUUCUGAAAAAUACAAAUGAAAAGACCAAACGUUCCCUGCCCUCAAGGACCUUCCAUUUGAUCCAGAUUUUUCUCAUGAAGAUCUUUGAUGAUCUUGAUAAAUUGUCCUGGGCUUCAGUUUCCUCAUCUGUAAAAUAAAGAGGAGGGAUGAGGAGAUCUAAGGUCAAUUCUAUUCACAUUCUCUGGGUUUCUCAACUGCUUUCUUUAUUCUGGCAGUUGAGAAAUUCAACAGUAAGUUUUCUCCUUGAAAUUUUUCUCCUUUCCUUCGUCCCUACCACAAGGUGUCAGAUCACACUGAAGCAGAUUCCCUAUUCCAUUGAUGAGAAGUUUGAAAAGGUCUGAUUUGGGGGCAGGUAGGUGAUUCACUGAGUAGAGCGAAGCUUGGAGAUGGUAGAUCCUGGGUUCAAAUCUGACCUCUGAUACUCCCUAGCCCAGUGACUCUGGGCAAAUCACUUAUUAACCCCAGUUGUCCAGCCUUUUUUCUGUCUUGCUUUUGUGUCUUGCAACCCAUAUUUAGUAUCAUUUCUAAGACAAGGCAAGGGUUAAAGAAAAACGUGCAAUUCAUUUCCCAUCUUCUUGUAAAAUAGCCUUACCCAGGCAUUGUAGUAUAAAAGCAGUGAAUGGGUAAUUUUAGAAAUGUUAAUUUUUGUCUUAAAGUCCUAAGUUUGAUGUUUUACUCCUUCAAAGUCAUGUGGAUUUAUAGCAUUUUUCAGAUUGUUGUGAUUUCCAUCAUGUCCUGCUUGUCAAUACUGCUAAUAACUGCCAGAUGGAAGAAAGUCGGUGUUUCCUUUUCUCUUACAUAAAAGAAGUUGUUGGGAAGAUUUGAAAUUCCAUAUUAAUAUAUGGGCUGGGCAUAGAAGAUUUAUAGGUGAGAAGAAUGCUGUAGUAGCAGUAGUAGUGCUGAAGCCCCACAAAUAACACUUAAUAGACAAUAGUCCACUCACCUGCAGACCAACUUCUCCCCCUUUCAAGUCCUAGAAAUUGAGUCUGCUAGGCAGAAUUUCUAGGAGUAGAGCUGAAAGGAUUGAUGAUGUGCUUAGUGAUAUUUGUAGGGCAAGGAGCUGGGAGGAGCUGCUUUUGUCCCAUCCUUCCUUCCAUAUAGAAAAGUGCUAGUUACCUUCCAGGUAAAUGGGCAAAUGUCCAGAUGCUUUCUGGGACAGCUUGACCCUUGCCAUCUGCUCAAGACCAUAUAACAGAUGCAGUUAACCAUCAUUCAAGGUCAGAAGGACAACUGUGUCCAUAUGAUUUUCUUGAUCAUUAUCACUGAGCUAGAAGCCUUUAAAACUUUAAUAAAUACUCCAUUUUAAUGACUCUUAAUCCAAAGUCAAGCGGUGUAUAGGUAUGUUUCCUGCCUGCUCUUUGGAUCAAUAGUACUCCUUUUGGGCUCUUUUGCAUUUGUGUUUUGUAGAAUACUUUUCUGAGCUUGGCUGGCUGUGAACUGGCCCUUUCUGGCAAGAAGAAACAGCAGUAUCUUAACUGAAUAUAAAUUCAGAAAGGUCUAAGAUUGGGGUGGCUGGGGACAGGAGUGAAGAUUAAUAGAAAAUAAGCAGCAUAUUCAAGUAAGCAAUCAGUGCUGAGCCUUCAAUUAGAAAAUGUACUUAAAAACAAACAGCACUGGAAACUCUUUUGGAAAUCAUUUGGGGAUAACUAAUGGAAAUGAGUUUUGUUUUUAAACAGAUCAGAGAGAUCCCUCUGCUGAUGGUGUUUACCCAUCUCAUUUAUGGUGUUAGCAUUGCUCAGGCUCCUGUCUUCAAAAUAGUUUAUCCCAUACCAUUUAUAGAGGGCAGCAAAUACUGAUUUGAAAGAAUCAUUCUGAGGCUUAUUAGAAUGUCAAAUAAGGGCUGAAAAACUCAAAGUGAGUAAACUAGAACAAGUAUAGCAGGAGUCUACAAUGAGCUAUUUGGAGCAUUUAGAUAUUUUUGAGUUUAAAAAUGCAUGAAUAGUCUUUCAUUGCAGAUGCCUUUGAUACAGUUAAGUGUGUUGAGGGAGCAUCCCACCAAAGCUGAUGAGUAUUUACAUGCAUGGAGAGAAUAAGAAGCUUUAAAAAGGAUUUUUAUUUUAUUUUUUCACCCAGGACUGUCCAAGAGAUUUGUGGUUUCAACUCUUUUCUUGACAUCUGUGGGAGAACUCCUUGUUGAUAAGGCCAUUCCAUGGCAGUAAAAGUGUCUUCCCAUAUACUAAGUAGCUGCGAAGUGUCAUUAUUAUUAGUAGACAGUUGGAUUCUUUAUACUCUCACCUUGUAACAUGAUGUGUUUAAAAACAUUUUAGUGAGUCCAAACCGCAUUAAUAUUUUACUUUCAGUUUAGUUCAUGAACAAUAUUGUAUCUACUUUAAAAAAGAUUAACUUCUCAACCAGGAAACAGGGCGGACUUUUAUGUGGUCAUAUUUCAUAAUUCAAGUAAAUAUCGUAGGCUUAGUUUUGUUCAGUUUUUCUUUAAAAACAAACUAAAACCCAAAGCCUUAUCUUCUGUCUUAAAAUCAAUACUAAGUGUUGGCUCUAAGGUAGAAGAGUAGUAGGAGACAGGCAGUUGGGGUUAAGUGACUUGCCCAGGGUCAAAUAGUUUGUAAAUGUCUGAGGUCCUUCUGGUUCCAUCCACCAUGCUACCUCACUGUCCCUGUUCAGUUGUUUUUCAGGCAGGUCCCAUUCUUUGUGACUACAUUUGGAGUUUUCUUGACAAAGAUACAGGAAUAGUUUGUCAUUUUCUUCUCUAGCUCAUUUGAUAGAUGAGGAACCUGAGGCAAACAGGAGUAAGUGAUUUGCCCAGGGUCACACAGCUGACACAUGUCUGAGGCUGGAUUUACUCAGCAAGACCAGUCUUUCUGACUGGGCACAGCACUAUCCACUACCUCACCUAGCUGCCCUAGGCUUAGUCUAGGUUUUCAUUAAGUGCCAUUUUCCUUAUUGUUACUGUUAUUUUAAACCCAUACCUUCUAUCUUGGAAUCAAUACUGUUAUUGGUUCCAAGGCAGAAGAGUGGUACUGGCUAGCCAGUGGGUAUUAAAUGACUUGUCCAGGGUCACACAGCAAGGACGUGUCUGAAGCCAGAUCAGAACCCAGGAACCCUGUCUCUGGGCCUGUCUUUCAUUCCACUGAGCUACACAGCUGCCUCAUUCCUUGAUUUUUAAUGGGCUUUACAAUAUACUUGGAUAAUUAAGGAGAGCCUUCCAGUGGUCUCUCUGAGGGUCUGAGGUUUUUCUCUCCACCUAAGUGUGACAAUCUGGCCGAAUUAUGAGGUGAGAGACACUGUGUGCUGAGGCCUAUGUGCAUAGGCAUCACACAGUGUUCUGCCAUAGCACAGAGGUUUGUAGCUAGGUACGUGGUUAGAGGGCAACUUAAUGACAGACCAGAUUUGAAACUUUCCUCAAUUUCCAAGUCACAUUUUUGUGUUUCACUCUGUUACUUGGAGAUGUUGCUCUGGCUAUUGUAACAUAACAAACCAGUGAAGCAUGUCCUGUUGACCUGGGCUUGAAGGUGAUUGAUAUUCUUGGCUUGCCUGGCUUGUGAUGGGAAUGAAUGUAACUGUGAAGAGGGAAAGGAGGGGGGUGGGUAAUGAUCUUUAGGUUUUAAUUCUGUGAGUGUAAUCUUUUGGGGUAAUAACCUAGGGGGAUUAAAGUAGAAUAUAUAUGUAUUGAUCCUAUAAGUAUUUGCUUUCAUAUUAUUUCUCCUGUAUUGGGGAGGGAAUAAUAAUCACAACAAGUCCAUUAGUAGGGAAAGUUGGAGAGAAAGAAGUCAUAGAAGCAGUAUAAUGGGGGGCUUUUGUUCUCAGGGGCUGCCUUGCAGUUCCCAGUUUCCCAGACUAUGACUGUGUCAACCAAUGGGGGGGGGGGGUUCUGUUGGCUCCUUGCAGAUAUAGUUGUGAUUUUUCUUUUAAAGGUCCUUGUAUUCAAUAAAUUAUUCUCUCAUUUGCCUUUUGA